GUCAGUGAGCAAAUGGCGUCGUAAGUGGAAGUUUACGAUUUUGUUUUUCCAGAAUGAUGACUGAAUUUCGUGCUCGAUCUCUGAAAGAGUAAUAUAUUUUUUUAAGACCAUUUUAAACAGUUCAAGGUUUGUUAUUUGAUGAGUGAAUAUUCUAAACGACCUCUUGCAUCGACCCAAUAUUGAAUAUCUAAUUAUACAAGGAUAAACUGCAGCAUAAAGAUAUUAAAAUGAACGAAGAAAUUGAAGUUAAAGAAGAAAAGCUGGUUCCUAUGUGGCCUCCAACGGACAGUGGGGUCAUUCAAAUGCAAUCCCAACAUAUAGGCAUUCCUGUACCAACUACUCCUCAAGGAACCCCUAUGAAUCAAGGUGUAGAAUUUGAAUUGCCAUUGGAACUUCAACAACAAGGCUGGAAAAAGUUCUGGUCAAAGAGGGAAAACAGACCAUAUUUCUGGAAUAAGCAAACUGGAGAAAGCUUAUGGGAAAUGCCAACAAUUAAACCACAGUUUGAUCCCAUUACAGAUCCACUUGGCAUUUGUGCACCUAUAUCAGCUCCUCCAAUUCAAAUAUCCCAUAUGGCUAACACACCUGUGCCUGUUGUUAAAAGAAGGGCUUCAGAAGAAAUGGGUGGUCCUCAAGCAAAGAAGUUUGUUCUGGCAGGACCAUGGGAUUUAGAUGUUUCAACAAAUGUUAUAAUCUUGGAGAGAGCACCUUGUUCUUACAUGCAUUCCCAUCCAGAAGUUGAAGCAUAUAGGUGUAGUCUUCUCUCAAAAUUGAGGCAGAGUUAUCAGGAGAUAUGCCAUUCAAGAGAAGCUAUUGAUGCUCCCAAGGAUUCCUUCAAUAGAUGGCUCAUGGAGAGAAAAGUUAUUGACACUGGUUAUGAUACUCUUCUCCCCAGUAACUGCUACCCGGAAAUUUCUUUAUCUAUGUACAGAGAGAUAAUGAACGACAUACCAAUCAAAUUGGUUAGACCGAAAUUCACGGGCGAUGCUCGAAAACAACUAUCCAGAUAUGCAGAGGCAGCCAAAAAGAUUAUGGAAUCUAGAAAUGCGGAAGCAGAAAGCAGAAAAGUAGUCAAAUGGAAUGUAGAUGAAACAUUCCAGUGGCUGAGAAAGACAGUUGGAGCAACAUAUGAUGAUUUCCAAGACAGGCUGGCACAUUUGAAGCAGCAGUGUCAACCACAUCUAACGGAAACCGUAAAAUCGUCAGUAGAAAGUAUCUGUUUGAAAAUAUAUAAUUUGUCUAUGGAACAUGCGAAAAAAGUGAGGGACAAGUCCAGUGCAAUAUUGAAGGAACACGGAAUGGAAUUCCCUCCUCCAAUGUCGAUGCACGCGACAAGGAAAGUUUGGUGCUACCCGGUUCAGUUUGCAAUUGGCUGUCCUAGACUCCCUGUCGUAGAAUAUCUGCCUGAAAGAGAUCAAGCAUUAUUGAGAUUUCAAGGUGAUACUCUUGCCAUCAACAGCACACAUUUGCAAAAGUUGGAACACCUCUAUAGGCACAGUUGUUUUGAUGACAAAAAAUUCGAACUGUUCAUCCCCAGAGUAUGGGUCAUGCUGAAACGUUACGCGACGUUUCUGGGCGUGAAUCCAUCAUCGAAUACCGCUAACGCUGACGUUCAGGAUACGCAGCAAUCUCUGCCUGUCACGGUAUUUGAGUGUCUCAAUCGAGCGUUCGGUGUAACUUUCGAAUGCUUCGCCUCUCCACUCAAUUGCUAUUUCAGACAAUACUGCUCAGCGUUCGCCGAUUGUGAUUCAUACUUUGGAAGUAGAGGAUCCUUUCUCAAACUCAGAGCGGUUUCCGGCUCAUUUGAGGCACAUCCGCCGUACAGCGAAGAGCUCAUGGAAGCCUCGGUAAACCACAUGGAAAGAUUGAUGUCGGAUAGUACAGAACCACUUAGCUUUAUAGUGGUCAUGCCUGACUUCAGGGAGCCGACACCGAACGGACUGAUAAGACUCGAAUCCAGCCAGUUCAAAAGGAGACAAGUGACCAUCCCGGCGUACGAACACGAUUUCAGGCAUGGAUUUCAGCAUGUGUUGAGCAAAUCCGAACUGAACGUGAGGUCGGUAUAUGGAACGGUGAUCAUCUGGCUGCAGAACCCGGCAGGCCAUCAGCGAUGGGAACCCACGGAAGACAGGGUGCAGGCCCUGCUGGAGGCCUUUAGGCCCGGGCGAGAGAGAGAGCGCGACAGACAGGAGCUGCUCAGUCCCACUCGGCAGGGCAGUACCUCAGAUACUAAAGAAGUCCUGGUGCACUGAUGUUUCAUUCUCGAUCAUGUGUCGAUAUGUCGACCGCGUUGGGACGCCGAAUUCGUCAGGUUUGGGAAAGGAAAAUCGGUGGGGUUCACCAAAAUGUCUUUCGAUUGCCGAUCGUGAUAGAUUGGAAACGACCAAUUCGAUGAAGAUUCAUGUUUGGUAGGAAGGCGAGCAAUGUUCACAAUCAGAGCGUCUUUUUUAUUGCGCAUUCGAAGCUGAUCGGCCAUAUUGCUGGAUGACUUGUUGUGUUUUUUACACCGCUUGUUAACCCAAAACCGAAACAAGCUUCAAAGAAGCCGACGUUGAGACUUUGAUUGUGAGCUAUCCUGCUGUUGAUGUUUCAUUGUGAGCGAUUCGAAAUUUAAAACACCAAAAGUUCAACUUCACUGAAUAUCCUAGGUGAUGCAUUAUCAUACAGCCAUAAUGUGACAGUGUCGUUGCAUCAAAUUAUUUGACAAAACGAUAUAAAUUGUACCAAUAUCUUUGAAUUCAUAUUGAACAUUUUCAGCCAAAUCUAGAAUAAUAUACACGAGUUUUACAGGAAUGAAGAUCACCCUGUAUAUCUGUUAACGAAAUGAUAUAUGCCAC